CGAGCAACUUCACCUUCUUUCUUGUUCUUCCGCAACACAGAGGCUAUUUCCUCGUCCCUCUUUAGAUAAAGGCUCCCUCCGGCGGCCUUUUUGCAUUCUUCCUUGGCUUGUAACUUUUACGACUCACUUAAGACUAACGAUAUGGGAGGGGCUGGCUGGCUGUUUCUAUUUGCGGUCCUUAUGGCUGCCGGGCUUCUAUUCUGCAUGGUGUUUUUCAUCAUCAUGUUUUCGGAUUUGGAAUGCGACUACAUCAAUCCUAUAGAUCUUUGCAACAAGCUAAAUCAAUUCGUCCUGCCAGAAAACUCGGCGCACGCUUUCCUCACCUUGUUAUUCCUACUGUCGGGCCAAUGGAUAGCGUUCCUCCUUAACGCGCCUUUAGUUGCAUUCAACGCCAACAAAAUCCGGAAUAAAAAUCAUAUGUACGACGCGACAGAAAUCUUCCGGACAUUAGGAGGGCACAAGAAGGAGACUUUUUUCAAGCUUGGAUUCUACCUCCUCUCCUUCUUUUACUACCUCUACAGGAUGAUUCUUGCUCUCAUUGCGGAAAGCGAGUAAGGCGAUGAACGCUCUUAAGAUGUUAUGUUGCGAUGCUCUAUGUGCCUGUCCAAAUGUACCUUGCUUCAUUGAUAUAAUUUUGCAUAUUUUCAUUCAAUUUGUUUUCCAUCACGACGUCUUAUGCAAAUAUACAAUGCAUUGAAU